GCCAUCCGAAGCCAUUAAAACAUUGCUCUCUCUCCUCCAAUUUCUCCAAGUCCAAACUCCACCAUGUCCAAGAACAUCACCCUCGUGUUCAUAGCCCUCCUCCUCCUUGUGUCCCUCACGGAAGCAGCCAGGCCUGAACCAGUGGAUCCUAAGCUAAACUCUCUUGAGGCUGUGGAGCAGGAGAUCUCUGAGAAAGUUGAAGGAUGUGAGGGGUUUAGCGAGGAGGAAUGCUUGACCAAAAGGACUCUGAUGGCCCACACUGACUACAUCUACACCCAGAAGGGGAAGGGAAAGGGGAAUGGAAACUAGGGGGCAUCUGAUUUUGGGUGUUAGCAGCUUGUGGGUUUUGUUGCUGCAGUGAUGCUUUUCCUUUGUAACCCCACUCGUGGUCUCAUGAUAAAUGAUGCUUAAUAAUAUUGAUAAAACUUUAUAUAA